AUGGCAGGGAAGAAAGUCUUUCGAAUUCGGAGUUCGCUUCUACGAUUUGAACUUCUUCACCUUGUGAUCGUAACAGCUUACUGCUCAACUACAAGUCCAGCCCUGUGUGGUCCAAGUCAAUUCACCUGCUCAGAUGGUAGGUGUAUACCGCUGACCUGGGUGUGUGACGGCACAGCUGACUGUUCUGGAGGCCUGGAUGAGUUGGCUAACUGUACCUCGUGCAGUGGAAGGGAUACGUUUGAAUGCAAUAAUAAACUAUGUAUCUCUCAACAUCGGGUCUGUGACGGACAAGUUGACUGCUAUGAUGGCUCCGACGAACACAAUUGCACAAAAUGGACCGGAAGUCACGUGACCUGUGGCCCAGAAGAUUUCUCGUGCGACAAUGGUACUUGUCUUUUGAUAGAAAAACUCUGCAAUCACGAAAAUGACUGCGAAGACUUGAGCGAUGAAGGAGGACGUUGUGAGCUCCAGGAAUGUUCGAAAGCCAAUGGCGGAUGCGCCCAGUGGUGUCAUGAUUCCCCCAGAGGACCCCUAUGUGGGUGCCAACCAGGAUUUGUCAAGGGUCCCGACGGGAAAAGAUGUACAGACCUCGACGAGUGUACAAGUGGUAUCGAUUCCUGCAGCCAGAUUUGUAGAAACACAGUUGGUAGCUACGAGUGUGCAUGCGCAGAGGGAUAUCACGUGACUUUAGACGGACGUGGUUGUGAUGUUCAAGAAUACACCUUGAUGUUCAGGGUUGGUCAGCGGCUUUUCCUCCUGAACUCAAAUGAUCGUGAGCCAUCCGUGCUUCUUCCUGUCCCUGGUGACGGAGGAGGCAUGGAUUAUGAUCUCCAAGAUAUGAAGCUUUACUGGGCAGACAAUAUAAGAAAAGUCAUUUAUAUGGCAUCUAUACACGGAUCAUGGAAUGAUUUAGAAGUCUUUAUACAAGACACUGGCAGAGUAGAUGGUAUUGCAGUUGAUUGGAUCGGUCGACAUCUCUAUUGGACGGAUGAUGAUAAAGAUACGAUAGAAGUAGCAAGGUUAUCUGGAGAGCACGGGGCGACACUGAUAAGGACGGGCCUUGAUAAACCAAGAGAUAUUGCUCUGGACCCGGUUAAUGGCGUCAUGUAUUGGACCGACUGGGGCACGACAGCCAAGAUCGAGAGAUCCCACAUGGAUGGUAAAAACAGACAAAUACUUGUGUCAUCUGAGAUAUCAUGGCCGAACGGUCUAGCUCUCGAUAUACCAAAUAAGCGGUUAUACUGGACGGAUGGGAAAAGACAGAAAAUUGAGAGUGUUACGCUCACCGGCUCAGGUCGUCGCUCAUUCAACCUUGGUCAGCGUUCUCACCCAUUUUCGAUUGCCGUAUUUGGUGAACACCUGUUCUGGACAGACGUUUUAUCUUCUGCUCUAGAAAGAGCUGACAAGCGGAACGGAGAACGGAGAGUUGUUUUAUUGCACACUAGAGAUAGAAUCAGCAAUGUGCGUGUCUUUCAUUCUUUGAUGAGACCAAAGGUUCCUAGCCUUUGUCGUGGUUCCCACUGUCGGUACCUCUGCCUUCUGUCUUCAAACAGUCAUACCUGCGCAUGCGCAGACGGCAUCAAUUCAACUGUUUGUUCACAAGAAAAUUCUUCGGAUGGUAAAGCAAAGCCAGAUGGCAAGAGGACCGAAUCGAACACGUCAUUCUCCACUUCCGGUCAAGUUCAUCGUAAACCAACGAGGAGGAUAUUUUGGAACCAAACAAAUCGAAAAUCUCUCAAGACGAAGACGAGAAUACCUCCGUCUCAAAAGUUGCCAGCGGCUUUGUAA